UUUAUUUAAAUACAAUAGAAAAAAUAUCGUUCAUACCAAGCAUUGGAAUACAUAUGUACAUAUUUUAGUCAUAUUUAUGGGACCACAUUCGUACUGCGAACGAGGCAUUAUGAACUAUGGCAGUACAUUGUUACUAAUAUAUUUUAUAACAACUACGGCGUUUGCCAAAAUUGUUAUUAACAAAGUUGUUGUACGCAUACCUAAGCCGAACGACAUUGGACUAAUUUUCGAUUUAACUGUUGUAAAUUCGCCGUGUAACGAUAGAGAAACGCUCGAAUUUCGCAUACAUUCCGAUGCCACAUGUAGUGUAAAUGUAACCGAAAAUGAAAUUAUGAAAAACGCUGGCCGUGUAGUAGGUGGAAACUUCGGCCAUAUUGUAGCAGGAGCUGCUGAAGUUGUAUCCCUGAUAUGGCCAACAAUAUCUCUGUAUAAUCGAGUCGGAAAAUGUCCCAUUGUUGUUACAUCAAAAAAUGCUCGUGGUGUUGAGGAACAUCAUAAACAUGCUAUACAUUUCGACACUCGUUUUACUACGCUCGACCCCGAUUGCCAUACGCUAAGAAAACGGCCUGACUAUAAGGAUUGCAAGAAUUGGGAUAAGGAAUAUUUGAAUAACUGCACUCCCGUAAAUUGUCAAGAACGUUACUUUGGACAACGCAGUUUUUAUAAUAAAACCACAGAGCAUUGCGAUCCGGUACCACGCUGUGAUAAACCAAAUAUGCACUACGAUUAUUACAAUAAUGAAUGUUUGAUUCCCGAGAAAUUUUUUACCGAAGAAGAUAAGAAAAAGAUACUAAGUGGUGAUUUCAUAAACGAAUGCGAAGAAGAAGAGCAAGAAAUGAAACAAAACGAAAAAAAAGCCAAAAAGAGAAACCAAUCGACCAAAUAUCGAAAAGAACAACAGCAGCAGCAACAACAACAACCACAGCAUGGGAGCGCCAAACGCGAAGCAGAUAUUUUUGAUGAAGAAUUUAAUUUUUUUCCCCAAUCACAUUUUAUCGAUCCAGAUAAUAGCGCUCAAAAUCCACAGCCAACGGUUAGCGUUAAAACCGAUAACGGUUAUAUACCGUACUGGUUGAAGGGCAUAUUGGAGGGCUUAGUGGUAGUUGGUGCUAUAAUCAUUUUGCAGGUUCUCGCCACAGUAGCUAUUUAUGUGCUAAUCUGUUUUGUGAUAUUCCUUAUUGUCACGUGGAUAUCACGUCGUCAAAUCAAAUGUCACAGAGAGACAACGUGCUUAUUGCGGUCGCCAGCGCCUUCGGAAGGUACAGAAGAGCCAUUGAUAACGCCGUCCAGCUUGUUGUCUCAGCGUAACUAAGCCUUUUUCAACAAUUUAAACAGAUUUGACCAAACGUUAUAUUUUAUUGCCGCAAGUUCAUAUAUGUUUUGGCUCAACUAUUUUUGGCCUGAAAUACUUGAAUAUAAAAUAUCAAAAUUAAAACUACUAUCAGGAAACAUCAUUCAAAUUCCUUAAAGACAGGAAAAAUAAGUAUAAUUGCAAUGUUAUAUUUUAUUAUAUGUACUGAGGUUUACGUUAUUGUUUCCGAAUUUUACUUUAGUUUUUAUGCAAUUUUGAUAGCAUUCUUAUAAGUUUUCAUAAACGUUUAUUAUAAUUAUAUAACGAUUAGAAAAUGACAAUUUUGUAAUUCUACUCCAGCAUAAUAGAGCAGGUUGAAUUUCUCUUGAUGUUCGCUCAAAUUUGUGCAUUUAGCGUUCGCUCUCCAAGCCUUGAACGACCACAUUGUUAACUUUUCAU